GAUCAAGUGAGUAAACCUAAUUUUGCUCUGUUUGGUUGUUCUGUCCUGUAUUUCAUUUCUUUUCUGUUACUCAGGAGAAGGUUAGCUCUGAUAACAAGAGUAAGAAGAAGUGGAAGAUAUGGAAGAACUCUCCGGAAUUGAAGAAGGGUGCUACUGCUGUUGCUGAUGCUUCUCACAAAUCUGAUUCUUCUUCCUUCACUUCUGCCAUGGCUGCACUUGUUCGAGCUCCACCCAAAGAUUUCAAGCUCAUCAAGCAUGAAUGGGCUGCCAUACGCAUUCAGGCAGUCUUUCGAGCUUUUUUGGCUAGGAGAGCUUUGAGAGCCUUGAGGGCAGUGGUAAGGUUGCAAGCUAUAUUUCGAGGCCGGUUAGUUCGAAAGCAAGCGGUUGUUACUCUAAGGUGCAUGCAGGCUCUUGUUAGAGUUCAGGCACGCGUAAGGGCAAGGAAAGUGAGGAACUCUCCAGAAGGGAAGGCAGUGCAGAAAUUGUUGGAUGAACAUCGCAGCCUUGCUGAUCCAGUUAAGCAGGCUGAGCAAGGAUGGUGUGACAUUCCUGGGACUGCAGAUGAAGUUAAAGCAAAGCUGAGAAUGAGGCAGGAAGGAGCCAUCAAAAGGGAUAGAGCAAUGGCAUACUCUCUCUCCACACAGCAUUCAAGAGGGUGUGCUAGUCCAAACUCAAGAGCCUCUAAGGCAGAGGCAAUGACUCAUUUCAAGCAUCAGAACCUAGACAAUAAGAGCUUAGGAAGCAGCUUGUUAGAACACUGGAUGGCAUCAAAGCCAUGGGAGAGUCCAAUGUCCAAGAAAAGUGAUGAUCACAUUGUUCAAUCAAGAAGGAAUGGUGUGACAACCAGGAUCUCAGUGAAAUCUCUUCCAACAAGUCAUUCGACUCCAUCGUCUUCGGCGAUAAGCUCUGAUUGCAUGUAUGAUGAUAGCCCUGCAUCAACAUGCACAUCAGAGGAAAGAGAUGUUGUUCAUAAGCCUAGCUACAUGAAUUUGACAAAAUCAACCAAGGCAAAAUUGAAGGCUUGCAGGAGUUCUUCACAGAAUUCAAAGGAUUCUUGUGUGUCUCAUAGCACAACACUUGUGAAUGGAGAUGCUAGUAACAGUGCUGUUUCUGAUCCAUCAGUUAACUUGUGGAAUGGUCUUUGUUCAACACCUCUAAGGGCAAGUUAUCAAAGAAGAUAUGGUAGGAGCCUAGGAGGUAGAUAAUAUCUCCAAUUUCAAUGUAUCCAACAGCUUGUUGGUGACAAAUGAUAGUUAAUUUAAUGGUUUUGCAGUGUAGAUAGAUAUAACAAAUGCUUUUGUGUGAGAAUGGAAGCAUCAAACUGGUACACUAUCUGUAUUGCGUUUCAAUAUAUAUUUAUACAUACAUAGAGGGGGUCUCAUAUGGUUUGUA